CAGACGCAGGUGGCUGGCUGCGGGCACUGUGGGGGUAACAGUAGGGGGACCUGUGAUGGCCCUGGGGACGAUGCUCAAGGCUCCUCUCCUGCUCCUGGGGCUGCUGACUGAAGGCCUGACGCAGUUGGUGAUUCCUGCCUCCAUCCCCCAGGGCUUCUGGGCCCUGCCUGAAAACCUGGCAGUGGUGGAGGGGGGACCUGUGGAGCUGCGGUGUGGGGUCAGCACCCCUGGCAGUGCGGUGCAAUGGGCCAAAGAUGGGCUGCUCCUGGGCCCCGACCCCAGGAUCUCAGGCUUCCUGAGGUACCGCCUGGAAGGGGACCCUGCUAGAGGUGAAUUCCACCUGCACAUCGAGGCCUGUGACCUCAGUGAUGAAGCGCAGUAUGAGUGCCAGGUCGGCCGCUCCGUGAUGGGGCCCGAGCUCGUGUCUCCCAGAGUGAUCCUCUCCAUCCUGGUUCCUCCCAAGCUGCUCCACCUGACCCCGGAGGCAGGCACCAUGGUCACCUCGGUAGCUGGGCAAGAGUACGUGGUCAGCUGUUUGUCUGGAGACGUGAAGCCAGCACCUGACAUCACCAUUCUCCUGAGUGGACAGACAAUAUCCGACAUCUCUGCAAACAUGAACGAGGGAUCCCAGCAGAAGCUCUUCACUGUGGAGGCCACAGCCAGGGUGACACCCCAGAGCUCGGAUAAUGGGCAGUUGCUAGUCUGUGAGGCGUCUAGCCCAGCACUGGAGGCCCCCAUCAAGGCCUCAUUCACCGUGAAUGUUCUGUUCCCUCCAGGACCCCCUGUCAUCGAGUGGCCAGGGUUGGAUGAGGGGCACGUGCAGGCAGGACAGAGCUUGGAGCUGCCAUGCGUGGCCCAAGGGGGGAAUCCCUUAGCCACACUGCAGUGGCUGAAGAAUGGCCAGCUGGUGUCCACAGUGUGGGGCACAGAGCACACCCAGGCCGUGGCCCACAGUGUGCUGGUGAUGACCGUGAGGCCAGAAGACCAUGGAGCGCGGCUCAGCUGCGAGGCUCAUAACAGCGUGUCUGCAGGGACCCAGGAGCGCAGCAUCAUGCUGCAGGUCACCUUUCCCCCCAGUGCCAUUACUAUCCUGGGAUCUGCAUCCCAGAUUGAGAACAAGAACGUGACACUCUCCUGUGUCAGCAAGUCCAGUCGCCCACGGGUCCUGCUACGAUGGUGGCUGGGCUGGCGGCAGCUGCUGCCCAUGGAGGAGACGAUCAUGGAUGGACUACAUGGUGGUUACGUCUCCAUGUCCAACCUGACAUUCCUGGUGCGGCAGGACAAUGGUCUGACCCUCACAUGUGAGGCCUUCAGUGAAGCCUUCACCAAGGAGACCUUCAAGAACUCGCUCACCCUGAACGUAAAAUAUCCCGCCCAGAAACUGUGGACUGAGGGGCAGAAGCUCCGGGCUGGGACCCGGGUGAGGCUGGUGUGUUUGGCCGUCGGGGGCAACCCAGAGCCCUCCCUCACAUGGUACAAGGUUGCUAAAACCACCGGCGCUUCCGCUCAAACAGCAGCGUGGAUGAAAUCUGGGAGCACCUUCUCCGAGCUGGUGCUGGUCUGGAACCGUCUCGGACCUGUAGGCCAAGUUCACGUCCUGCGACUAGCCCAGCUCAGCGCGUCCACGCUGGCAGCGAGGCCGUCCAAAGUUCCUGGGGAGCAGGUGAAGGUGGUGACCGUGGUGGAGCAGGGUGAGGCGUUGCUGCCCCGUGUCCUGUCUGCUAACUUUGCUCCGAGGCGCUGCUGGUUCUGUGCCCAGCUCUUCCUCUGGUCCCGGGUGAGGAAGUAUGCUCCCACCAUCCGUGCCUGCCCUCAGGACCCACUGAGGUGAACGUUGGGGGGUUCUGUGGAUAUAGUCUGCACUUUGUUGAUGCCAAUCCCAUUCUCAGGCAUGUUCAGCUGGGAGAGACUGGGAGAAGAUGAGGAGGACCAGAGCCUGGAUGACAUGGAGAAGAUAUCCAAGGGACCCACGGGGCACCUGCAGAUUCACCAGGCCAAACUGGCCCAGGCUGGUGCUUACCAGUGCAUCGUGGACAACGGGGUGGCGCCUCCAGCACGAGGGCUGGUCCGUCUUGUUGUCAGAUUUGCCCCCCAGGUGGAGCACCCCACUCCCCUAAUUAAGGUGGCUGCAGCUGGGGACAGCACCAGUUCUGCCACCCUCCACUGCCGUGUCCGAGGUGUCCCCAACAUCAUUUUCACUUGGACCAAAAAUGGGGUCCCUCUGGAUCUCCAAGAUCCCAGGUACACGGAGCACACAUACCACCAGGGUGGUGUCCACAGCAGCCUCGUGACCAUUGCCAAUGUGUCUGCAGCCCAGGAUUACACCCUCUUCACACGCACAGCCACUAACCCCCUAGGCUCGGACCAAGCCAACAUUCAAUUCGUCAGCAUCAGUAUGGAGGGGCUGUGA